UGGAUAAUACGCACCCCAGAUUUUAGGACAAUAAAUUAGGUAAAUUUUGCGCACUAUACACGGAAAAAAACGGUAUAUGGUCGAAACUUUACCAUUUACACGGAUCACAAGCCAUUGAUUUAUCUGUUCAAUGAGAAGAAGCCAAUUCCUCAAAUGGGAUCACCUAGAGUGCAGCGGUGGGCUGUGAAGUUGAGUGCAUACAAAUACAACAUUGUCUACAAACCAGGCAAACAUCAUGCAAAUGCAGAUGCCUUGAGCAGGAUGCCAGUUCCUGUCAAGUUAAGGAAAGAGGUGAGUACUGAGCAAGUACUUAUGAUGGACAUGUUGGAUGAGACAUUGAUAGAUGCAAAGCAGAUAAAGAGCUGGACGGCAAAAGACACUGUUUUAUCACAAGUUCAUGAAUACAUCCUGAAAGGGUGGCCCACAGAAACCGAUCCAAAUCUGAAAGCUUUCCACCAGAGAAAAUUGGAGCUCGGUGUUAGAGAUGGCUGCGUUCUCUGGGGAGCUCGAGCGGUCAUCCCUGCCAAAGGAAGAGAUAGGAUGUUAAAAAUGUUACAUCAAACUCACACAGGAAUGACUAAAAUGAAAGGUUUGGCAAGAUCAUACAUGUGGUGGCCUGGAAUGGAUCAGGAUGUAGAGAGAACGGUUCAAGCAUGUCACGAAUGUCAGGCACAUCAAAAAGCACCUGCUUCUGCUCCUCUACACCCGUGGGAAUGGCCUGAAUCACCAUGGUCAAGGAUUCAUGUGGACUAUGCAGGACCUUUUCUAGGAGAAAUGUUUCUCGUAAUUGUGGAUGCACAUUCAAAGUGGUUGGAUGUUUACCCUACAAAAACAUGCACAUCCUUAGUCACAAUCGAGAAACUCAGACAGCGCUUUAGUAAUUUUGGAAUACCAAAAAUGCUGGUGUCCGACAAUGGAACUUGCUUCACAAGUGCUGAGUUUGAAGCGUUCAUGAAGCAAAAUGGUAUCAGUCAUGUGAGAUCCGCUCCUUUUCACCCAUCCUCAAAUGGACUCGCAGAGAGAGCAGUUCAAACUUUUAAAGAGGGGAUGAAGAAGAUGAAAGAAGGGACAAUACAAACAAGGUUAUCAAGAUUCUUGUUUAGCUACCGGAUCACACCUCACGCAACAACAGGCUUAUCACCUGCCGAACUCAUGAUGUCACGCAGACGAAGGUCCGCCCUGGAUUUGGUUGUUCCGGAUAUGAAAACCAAAGUGCAACAAAAGCAACUUAAACAGAAAGAAAAUCAUGACACACGGAGUAAGCAGAGAGGGUUUACGUCAGGAGAGGACGUACUCAUCAGGAACUAUUCCUAUGGACCGAAAUGGAUUCCUGGUGUUAUCCAAAACACUUCAGGACCCCUUUCCUAUACCGUUAGUGUUGGUACUGGUCAAGUUGUGAAAAGGCAUGUAGAUCAGGUAAGAGCAAGAUUAUCCAAUCUCGAGACAAAGGUUGAGAAGGAGAAAAGCUUAGUAUUUUUUCCAGAGACUAUUGCAAAGAUUCCACUACCGGAAAUAAAUAAACCACAGAUGUUAGAACUGAGUUCUAAUUCAGAGAAGGUGUCAGAGUUACUACCUGCUACCAAUACCCAGGAUGAAAAGGUUGUACCACCACAGACCGAGUUGAGACGUUCUAGUAGAGAUAGACAUACCCCUGUUCACCUCAAAGACUUUGUUCCUUAAAGUAGAAUGUUAUUGAAAAAAAAAAAAAAAAACAGUCAUACUGAGUUACAUUAAGUAAUUUUUCUGUUUAUGUUUUGAGUGUAUAACACAUGUUGUUUUUACUUAAAUGUGGGGGAGAUGUGGUGUAUUGAUUUGGUAAUGUUGGUUGGUAUAAGUAUUAUUUCAGUGCUGUUAGGUUACGGAUUUUAGCUAUUGAUCUGACUCCAAAUUGUGAUCAACACUUAACACAAGAAUUGCUAUGUUCUAAUCCACACACUGGCGCACCUAACAAUUUUGCGAGUUCGUUCUGUCAAAGAGAAGACCAGUAGAUCAAUCAGACCGAAUUUACCAAUUGUUUAAUCUUGACAAAGCAAGCUAAUACAGGCGCCUGGGUCUUGGGUCCUUAACACAAAAACUCGUGUGCCUUCGUGACCAGAAAAGACGACACAUUCUUCCGGGUUGCCCAGUUUUAAAGAAUGCUUGCGUCAUGUAUCAGACUGUCCAUAAACGAAACCACAAACUCUGUCAACUCAUCCCAAUCUGUACUCCCAGCCACACCCACACCACCAGGAAUAGAAAUCUAAUCAUUGGGAAAAAACGGAAACUAAAAUCCACAAGCUUUAGUAUUGUGUGCAGAGGGCCACAGAUUUGGAAUGAGCUUGAUGAAACACUAAAAAUGUUGCAAUCCAUAUCCAUCUUCAAGGCAAAUCUAAAAAAUCAACUCCUAUCAAUGUAUAUUUAAUGUGCUGGUUAUAAACUGCAUGAACACCUGUGUCCUGUUGUUAAUAUAUUAGUUGUUAAUUUAUAAAUUGCAAAUGUACUGUACAUCAAAUCCAGAGUAACCAGAAUACUGAGGUUGUCUAUUGCUUGUCGUAUGGUUGUUGUGUGCUGUACCUUGUUGUGUGUUUAUUAUUGUUGUCUAUUAUAUAUCUGUAUGUUGUCCAAAAUGUAAGGAUAUCUGGUCAAUAUCUGAUACUUAUGGGAAACCAGGCCCCCUAUUAAAAGCUUUAAAUAGCUUGCUUGGGGUGACCUUUCACGCAUCCGGAAUUACUGUUUGUUGUUUCAUGUUGUAUGUCUUGGAUAUCGCGUGAAUAAACUCAAACUCACUCAACUCAAAGAAACACAAUAUGAAUAUUCAAACAUGCAAAAGAUUGUGUGGUGAUUGGUCGAUGGUCUGUGGUCAUCUCCUCCUCGUUUGGGUUUUCCCCUGCUCAGCACAGGUGUCUGGACCACAAAGACGAGUUGUUUUUCGCGUUCCCAUCGGCCUUGAGAUAUGCUCCCUUUCUGGACCUCCUGUUCCACAAUACUUUGAAGAAAACAAAUUCAUGUAGCCUGCACAUUCCUUUCCACUUAUUAAGCAACCACACUACUACUAGAAAUUAUAUUGAUAUGGUUAUAUGUGUCUAACGGAGCCUUAAUCAAAUGUGUUUGCAAACUGCCGAAAGUACAUUUCCCUUUAUUCCCUCUCAUGACCUCAUUUAUGAGGUCAUCACCCGUUACUCUAGCAAGCAGCGACCAGCAUGCUGUCGGUCCUUUCUUCCCGCCUGGGUCAGUCGGCCCCCUGGCGCUGUGUUGUUGGGGAUGAAAGUACAACAUGCAUCACCAAACAUUCCGCACACACCAUGUUCCUUAGCCAAUAGCAUGUCCAACGCAAUUCUAUUUUGGAACGACAUCAAUGCCAAUUGUUCAUGGACCGCUGUAAAUGAUACAUUUUUAUUGGGGGUGAUCCAUAGGAAAAUGCUUUUGAAUCCCGAGGACACUUGAUUAACGAGUUCAUACUUAUCUGGCACACCUAUGGCGUCAAUAUAUGUUGGAUCGUUGUCGCUUAACCAUGUGGGCAAAACGUCCCUUUUGGCUCGCCAUCACUGCUAGUUGAAUUCUGGCAUAUCUUUUUAAAGCUUAAAAACAAGUGGAUUUGGAAAAAAAACUUUGGAUAUCAAAAUUACAAAUUGAAACCUACUUACCCAUUUCUAUUUGACCACAUACUCACCCAUUUCUAUUUUACCACUCCCCCUUUUGACACAUUCACCCAAUGUGUCAUUAUGUAUCAAAAGGAACCUGCUAAGCAUCCCCUCUCAUCACCACACUCAUUGUAGCCAGGCCUGCGGAACCUCUAGCUCGUCCACCACACGCUCGGCAACACAAACAAAAAUCAUCGCACUCCUGUCAGUGAGCUUAUAGCCCUGCUGAUAGCGGACAUUUGUACACACAAAACAGACAUCAAGUAUCAAAAUAAAAACAGUCAUAAAAUGAAUCCUGGCGCCCGCGGAUCAUGUCCUGAAAACCAUGUCAUCAACAAGUUCAUCAUAAAAACCAAAAGGGAAAAGGUUAACAUAUUCUUGUAAAUUCAAUACAAAUUUUCCACGAACGCAAUCGACAACCUGCAAGAACGAAAACAAGUUACGCAAGCAGCGCGAAAUCCGCUCCUUGGCUGGUGGCUGUUGCUGCUGCAAAAUUAAGUCACACAGAAAAACAAAGCAGAGCGUGCACUUGUCGCAAGCAAGCUCAAGCGUCAAACAUUUGGUCACUGUCCACCUAGUCCAUCACCCCGUCGGGUGAGCUCAAAGUCGUCACACGUCAAAUCGUCCAAAGUCUUAAUGUUCGAUAACAGUUCUGUCUUGUCUAACCAUAUUACUGAAAUGGGCCUUCUCCAUCGCACUGUUUUGUUGUCGAUGGUGCCCCUAAGUAAUCCUAAACCCAUAUUUAGUCAAAAAUUAGUCCUGAUCAAUCGUGCUCUUUCAAAUCUGUAGUAUCUUUAUAUUUUUCAGGUGAGAGGAAUGUUAUCCCCUGCUGUGAUCACAUCACCCCAACUUUGAAUCAUGUCAACCAUUCACAAUACACAAACACCACACCACAAGCACAGACUUGACAUUCAUACACCAUUACAAACAAACUGUCAUUCCACAAUACACAUAAAACCCCAUACAAUAUUAAAUUGUAAAAGGAAUCCUCCCUACGCAAAAUUUUCUCCUCAAUUAAAAUUUCCCUUUUUUAUUUUAAAUCUAAAGUUAAUAUCUUAUUGUCUGGUUUCCUGUCCUCUCCUCGUUUGCCAAUAUGCAUAAUGCCGGAACAUGAUUUAACUCCCCAUUUAGUUUGCUCACAUCUCUCACUUAGACUAUUUGACACUUUGUGUUGAGCUGUAACUUCAAUAUUUCCACAUUCCCAUAUUUCUUCCACUAAACAGUUCCAUUUGGCUUUCAGUUUAAAGUCAUCCCUCCAAAUAACUACCUCUGGCAAAGAACCAACAAUUUAUAGAGCACUCCCUUUUACUGUUACCUUGUUCCCUCAGUCAUCUUCUCACAAGCAUAACUGACCCUCCUAAAAAAUAAUGAUACCAAAAAUAAUGUUUAAAAACAAUAUACACAGCUUCCUCCUGCCACUUACGCUAUCACCUUGAAGAUUAUCGUUCUCAUUUUUGUUGAUGCCAAUUCUUAAAAUUAAAUGCUUACUUUUGAUAAUGGAGUCACGCUAUAUCACAAAGUUUGAAAACCUUCCACGCUCCCCCUUUCUACCUAUCAAAACCAAUUAGGAAUAUUUUUGCUGUCAUGAUCAUCAUUGUGGCCCUCACACUUAUUGUUCCUGUACUUUAAAUUGUCAAUUUUUGUACAUUUGAAGCCCUUUGAGACUUGCUUGUGGGCUAUAUAAAUAAACUUGCCUUGCCUUGACUUUAUCAUUAUUCAACUUCUUCUGCAUUCUUCUGCCUCUUUUUUAUUUAUUCAUUUUUUAACUUAACUACUUCUACGAAUUCAUCUGAUUCACCUCAUUCCACUUUUAACACAUUCCAAAUAUUCAUGCCAAAUAUUCUAAAUAUUUACGAUUUUUGAGAAAUUUACAAAUUUUAACCCAAUAUUUCACCAUUCAUUCUUCAUGGCACAUUCAAUAUUUCUCAUUUUCUUCCACAUAAUUCCUCCAAUUAACCUUCUUUCACUUUCGAGCUUAAAAUUUCACAUUUUCACUUUCAACAUUGCGGUAACAUUUUGCAACAUUUCCUUUUUCCCUUCUAAUUUCUAAUUAUUUUUUCACUGACUCAACCCUUUUCAAUUUCUUUUAACUAUUCAUCUUGUUAGGGUUUGCAGAAUAUCUUCAUCGUAUGAUUAUGUUGGAAUGUAACCUGUAAUAAGUUAAUUAGUUUGUCCUGUCUAGACAAAUUAGUUUACCACUGAUUGACUAAACUCAGAGGAAGCAAUCAAAGGUGCUUUGUUUACAGAACAUCGUAAAAGGCCCCCUGCUAUGCCUUGAUCAGCAGGGGGGCGUCUCCAGCCCAACCUGUGUAUUCCCAAACCCCCACUUCAAAACCCCACUUUGUUUCUCUCAAUAAAUAAGCGCCUGACGAGGCCUGAGUCAGACUUCAUUCGACUAUCGCUGAGAGCACAGCGACGAGUGAACUCUCCGCCUGCAGGUGUCUAAAACGACUAACUUGUCUCCAGUGUGGUCCUUGCAAAAUAAGUUAGAGUGAACACCACCCUAACACAUCUUAUGCCUACCUAUUCCAAAACUUCCCACUUGUGAAAAAUUUCAAAUUUUCAACUUUAAAAUUCACGCCCAAUUUUACAAAAUUCUUUCGGUAUUUUCAUCGAUUUUCUGACCAAUUCAACACGUUCUAAAUUUAAACAUAAUCUUGUAGCAUUCCCCGAAUUUGUAUUCAGCCUCUUCGCCUUCACACACAAUUUCUCGAGAAAUUACAAAUGCUAAUUAUUAUUGUGAAUCCUCCGUGACCCUCGUAAGGACAAGCCGCACCAGUAAUGGAUGGAUGGAUGGAUGGAUGGAUGGAUUGUUAACCCUAACCAUAAAUGCCUAUCAUAAAGUGUCAUUUAAAUCAAUUGUUGCAAUUGAUGUAUAAUUAAAUUCUGUCGUUUUGAUAAAUUUAAUUUCUAUCGAUCAAUAUCCACUUUGCAAAGUUUCUGAUCACGCUGUCGUAUGAUUUGUUAUUAUUAGUGCAUCUUCGCUGUCCAUAUCUAUGUAUUUUGUUGUUAUCCCCGUUUCAGUGUCAAUAAGCAGCCUUAUUAUUCCCUCUUUUAUCAAAACUCCUCAGAUAUGUCCGCCCCAGCACCCAAACACACUUCCAUCCCUUUUGUCCCACACUCCACCAACUUUGUAAUGCUUCAGCAGUCUUUAGCAAUGUGUCCAGUUUGACUUCAUGUGACUCAUGCAAGUCUUUAGCAGCCUCUCCUCUUAGAUUCUCAUGAUGAUGAUUCAGGGCUGGAUCGUCCGCCACUCUCAAAUGCGUCCAUCUUGUCUUUGUUCUUUCAGUCCAUUUUCUUUUCUGAUCUGCAACUGUGUGUAUUCCACCAACUGUAUGGUUCUUGUCCUGUGAAAAGCUGUGCUUGCCCCCUUCAAGCAUGAUAGCAGUUUCUGUUGUUCUCCCAAAGGUCAAAGGUCUCUCAUGAUCAGGGACAGUCCUCUGUUGAUUUUGAGACAGCCAGUGGAGUAAGAGGACUCAGUUCAGGAAUCGUGCCACGCGCUAGGGAAGAACACACUGGGACACAAAUUUAACAAAACUAUCUUUGUGUUAUCAGUCUUCCUGUGUAGUAUUUGUUCCUUACACCCCAAAUCUUCCUAUUAACAUUUUGUAUCCUAUCAGUUGCGCACACUCAUCAUCUUACUAUCAAGCCGCCCUUAUCAAAUGCUUUUUUCUUCUGAGCAAUCCAUCCACCCUACCCAUUAACACGGCUAAAAUCCUCGUUCCAGUGUUUAUCAUCAAAUAAAGUUCCGAAAUCUUUUGUAAUAAACUGUAAUAUAAUUUAACAAUUCACAACAUAUGCGGUGAAUGUUAUUGUUCAAUCUAUAGGUCAUACAGCGCCUGUGACACUCCUCCUUGAUUUACCAUCUGAUAAGUUAUUGUUGUCAGCAGCGCUAAAUGAUAGUGCUCGAAAGUGAAUGUCUUAUCGCCCAAUUUAAAACACAUGCCACAUUUGAGCUAGUAUUUAUUCAUUUAUUUAUUUGCCAUCCUCAUAUUAGCUGGCAUAUGUCAGAAUUAAAAUGUAAUUUUGCUUUUAAUUUUGCCUUACUGCACCGAAAUAAACUGUUAAAUAUAUAUUUAAGACGACCAAAAACAAUCUAUGUUCCUGCACAGACUCUUAAAAGUGGCACCCAAAUGCCAGACUACAAAUACUCCUUCACUCUCACAUUGUCUACUUAGCUAAACACUGUCAUCACCUACUAAAUUAAUGGCCUGCAAGUACAAUGUUGUUGCUGUGGUCCCUCAAAACAUGUGACUAAAAUUUGGAUAAUUAUUAACCCCCAUCAAUUGAACAAUUAUCUCAUCACUAUUUACAAGUUAGCCCCCCUCUCUUCUCUCACUUCUCCUCAACAUUGUAUCAAUGUUGACGUCACAAUCUGGCCAGGCCCGCACGUCCUGCUGGCCCCCACCCUUGCCGGUAUGAGCCGAAUCUUUUACAGAGAUUACGCACAUACACAGAACACACAGACAAAGGGAUUCGAAUCCAUCUCUCAUGUAGCUCACGAUUUGCGCUUCCACAUCAGCAUACAUUCCUCUCAUAUCACUCCAUUCAUUCUUCUCAUCACACACACACUCCCCCCAAUUUGGUUGCACAUUUUGGAUAUUUUAGCGGUCUGGUCUCUCACAGGAGGAACUGUUACCACCGGAUACUUUUUGAGGAGGCCUCACUUCUCCUCGGGGAUCUCAAAAACACCCCAGCUAUUUGAAUGCGAUCGUCACCGCACCCUUGUCCGCCACGACGAAGCAAAACAGAGGAGUCCGCCCUCCCACCACGGAAUUUAACUGUUUCUCAAAGAACAGAGGAGCCCGCCCUCCCACCACGGAAUUUAACUGUUUCUAAAAGAACAGAGGAGCCCGCCCUCCCACCACGGAAUUUAACUGUUUCUAAAAGAACAGAGGAGCCCGCCCUCCCACCACGGAAUUUAACUGUUUCUAAAAGCUUGCACACCUUAUUUGAUCUGAACGACAGUCUCCUCUUAAAUUUCCUCUUUCAAUUUGCAGAAUUUCGACAUAUAGUAACAGGUAUUCUGCUUACCUUAUCAUUGAUGAGCUCAGGGUUUAGGAGACGUCGUACCAGCUCAACGUUGUGCGCUUAUUCCUUAUUCAAACGGUACGCCGACCGGGAGACAGCUGUCCCAGACUAACUGUCCGAUGACUUGGACACAGACCACGAGUUAGUCAAUUACCCUUCUCUUGACAUCACGUACGGGGUCACCAAGAAACUGUUAGGUUACGGAUUUUAGCUAUUGAUCUGACUCCAAAUUGUGAUCAACACUUAACACAAGAAUUGCUAUGUUCUAAUCCACACACUGGCGCACCUAACAAUUUUGCGAGUUCGUUCUGUCAAAGAGAAGACCAGUAGAUCAAUCAGACCGAAUUUACCAAUUGUUUAAUCUUGACAAAGCAAGCUAAUACAGGCGCCUGGGUCUUGGGUCCUUAACACAAAAACUCGUGUGCCUUCGUGACCAGAAAAGACGACACAUUCUUCCGGGUUGCCCAGUUUUAAAGAAACACAAUAUGAAUAUUCAAACAUGCAAAAGAUUGUGUGGUGAUUGGUCGAUGGUCUGUGGUCAUCUCCUCCUCGUUUGGGUUUUCCCCUGCUCAGCACAGGUGUCUGGACCACAAAGACGAGUUGUUUUUCGCGUUCCCAUCGGCCUUGAGAUAUGCUCCCUUUCUGGACCUCCUGUUCCACAAUACUUUGAAGAAAACAAAUUCAUGUAGCCUGCACAUUCCUUUCCACUUAUUAAGCAACCACACUACUAUUAGAAAUUAUAUUGAUAUGGUUAUAUGUGUCUAACGGAGCCUUAAUCAAAUGUGUUUGCAAACUGCCGAAAGUACAUUUCCCUUUAGUGCUUAUUUGCUGCCAAUGUGAUACUUCUACUUUUACCCAGUAGAGGGCGCACUCGCCUAGAGUUGACUACUGAGGAUUGAUGUUAGACAGAAGAAGUUGUACAAGAGAGAAAACCUGUGCUUGUACUGUGUGUGCCGUUCUAUUAAAAAGUCCUCUAAACUUGGAGAGUGUGCGCGUCAUUACGGCCACGAUAUAACAGCGCCCAUCCCACUUCCGGGGUUUUUCUACUACGGAAUUUGAGUUAGCCCAAAAUACACAACAUCUCUUCCCCUCUUACAAUGAACGUGCUAUAUGCACCUAAAACUUGACAUCUUCAAGAUCUAUCAAUAACUACCAUUAAACAAAUAUCAUAUAUGGUCCAGACAAUUAUGACAAUAAUAUUCCCAUGAAACCUUAACUUUGGGUGAGUUUGGACUACGUCAAAUUAUACCGAAUUAUAGCGAAAAACCGAUGUCGUACGGCGUCGUACGGCGUCAGCACUAUGUUGU